AUGCAAGUGACUGAGUUGAAGUUGAGACUACCAGAAAAUGGGAAGAAAAUCAACGUGUUUGAUUCUAGUUCUUCUACAGGGUCUUCCACCCAUGAUUCAUCUUCAGAAAGUUUUCACAGUGGGCUAUCGACACCCUUCUCGAGUAGAGCUAGCCCUGAAUUCGAGUCUGCCAAAACUGCCAAUGUGAAUGACCAAAAGGCAACAAUAGAUAUCACUUUCUCGGAGGAUUUGACAAGAUCUGGAUUACUCAAGCAAUAUCCAUCUAUCAAAUAUCAAGAAAUCAAAUUGCUUGCAAAGUCAAACCUUAAGGUAUGGUCUCAAGGUGAGAUUCUCUACAUAUUUAAACGUGUUUCUAAUGACAAGCUAGUCGAAGAACUGGAAUUACCUGUGCGGAAAGUCUCGGAAAUUACCAAAAAAACCGGGGAAAUAGCAAGGGUAAUCGACAGAGAACGAGAAAUCAAAGAAGGUGGUAUGGAUGUGUACGGGAUAUGGACUUCUGAAGAAACUGCUGUCUUGAUUUGGACGCUGUCUUAUGAUCUCACUUUGACCACAUUGCGAAUACUACUCCCAAACAAGACUCCCGAGGAGAUUAGGGGAAAAUUGCUUCAAAUUAGUGGGAAUACAUUUUGGACAAAACCAGAGUUGAAAUAUGUAGAAAAGUGUAUCCAAAGUGAUUCGAAUCUUGUUGACAUAGCAAGAGAGUUACCAGUUCGUACUCAGAGUGUAGUCAAGCUGAAGGUUGCAUAUAUCAAGAAGAAAUUGCAGGUUAUAAGGUUCAUUGAAGAAAGUGAUGACUUGACUAGAGAAACAGUAGUGCGAGCAUACCCUAAUUUACAAAACUUGAUACAGUUUGUGAGGAAGGAAGAUAUUACAAUCAGUUCAGAAUUGAGUACUGGAGAGAAAAAAUUGUUGGCAAUCAAAGCAUUUAGUCAGGAUGAAGACUUAGAUCAGAUAGGGAAGGAAUUUCCUUUCAGGUCUCAGGAAAGAGUAAAUGAGGAGUUACUAAGGCUAAACCCAGAUUUCAUUAAAGAGCAAGCUAUAGUGAAUGAGAUAGAUUGUGAGGAAACAGAGCAAAAAGAAGAAGAAGAAGAAGAAGGAGAAGAAGCAGAAGAGUUAGAAAAUCUAGAGGAGGACGCCAAUAAAACACUGGAAUUGGAUAUUCGUCGACAUAACUUUAAAAGUUCAGUAGAUGAACUUGUUUAUUAUGCUAAAUGGUUUGCUUCUGACAAAUUCAGCUCUGGUUCUAGAUCUACAAGAAGAAUGAAAAGAAACAGAUCAAUUAAUGAGGAGUUGACAUUAUUGGAGGAAGAAGUCGAAAAUAUUCCAAAGAAAGUAGUGAAGGAGUUGACUCCUGAAGAAAUUCAAGCGAGACGAAUUAAAUGGGAGCUAACUAAGCGAAAAAGAGAAGAAAAUGAACGUAAAAGAAAGCAGAAAAUAAAGGAGGAAAAGGAAAGAAGACAAAAAAUGAUUGAACUUGGUCUCAUUAUUCCACCGAAAAGAGUUCCAGUGAAGUCAAAUAUUGAACACCUCAAAGAAGAAGCCGAGUAUUUCCAAAGUGUUACUGGAAACUUCAAACCUAUUGAAGAGGGUGAAACUAGAAAUCGGAAGCAAACAAAGAAAUUUGAACCUGAAUUUCUGGUGAGUAAAAAAGUCAAUGAAAGGCAAAGGAAGAAGCUUUUGCAAUUAAAAUUAAUCAAAGAUAUUAAAAAGAGAAAGAGCCAAGUGAAAAAAGUGAAAAAGGUUAAAAGAAUCAAGAAAGCUAAGGUAAAGGUAGAGCAAGAUGCGGAUGAACUGGAAGAACUGGAUGAAGGCGAGGAAGAUGACGACUUAGAGGUGGAAGUCGACGAAGAGGAAGAAAAUGUUGUGAGUCCUUUUGAUCCUUACGAUAUUAAUACAGAUACCCAUAUUCCACUCUUCCAAAGGCAGCUCUUUGUUCAAGAGAUAAACGAGUAUAAUCCAUACUUACCAGAGCUUCAUUUUGUUCAUUCCUCUGGCGCCAUCCGGAAUGAAACAGACGAAAUUCCGUAUAUUGACUGUAUGGCUGCUGAUGUGGUGACGAAACACUACAAAAGUUAUAACGAUUUACCUAUCACUUUCCCACCUUUGAUGUCCUCCAACAGAAAGGAAUUCAACCCACUAAAUAAAGUACGCUUAAGAUAUCUACUUUACCCACAACAUAGUGAACUAUUUAUUCUUGCGGAACCAAAGGGAGAAGAAUUGGAUCCAAUAAUUGAAAUGCAAAAGCUUUUCCAAAUACACUUUGCACUUUAUUUUUCACAUUCUGAGAAAAUUAAGGAAAUCAUAAUCAAUGAUUAUUGUAGGGGACUCGACGAAAGCAUUGAGAACAAUGACUUUGCUAAAUUUAUGACUAUUGUGGAUAUGUGGAAUACUUUGAUGAUUAAGUUAUCACCAAACUUGAGCACUGAAUCACAUAAAUUCGAGGGAGACCUCAACGAAGAAGUGAGGAUUUAUCUUCAAUAUGAUAAUUUGAAACCACCAAGUGAUGAAGAUUUAAAGUUGGCUGUAUUCUUAGACGAAAUGGAAUAUUCACUCGAUGAUGAAGAAGAUAGUCCUGAGUUUGAGCAUGGACCACCUGCAGCAACUGGAAUUGAGCCAAAACCAGAAACUUCUGUUAAGAUUGAAAAGCCAGAUGACUAUGAGAUUCAAUAUACAGAAUCGAAUUUUGUUUCCAACUUCUUCAAACAUUUAAAUUCUAAAACAGAAAUAUCUCGAUUUUGUUUGCAACAAAUUCUUUUAAAAGUAUAUUCAAGGGUAGUAUCUCCAGAUUCACACAAGCUCAGGUCUUAUAAAGCAUUCACUGCAGAAGUCUAUGGAGAGUUAUUGCCUUCGUUCACCAGUGAAGUCCUUACAAAAGUUGACCUUAGACCAGCACAAAAAUUCUAUGACUUGGGCUCUGGAGUUGGUAAUACUACUUUGCAAGCAGCCUUGGAAUUUGGUGCUCAAGUGAGCGGAGGAUGUGAACUUAUGGGCCAUGCUUCGUACCUUACUAAUCUCCAAGAUAUUGUGCUUCAGAAAAAAUUAUCUGUGCUUGGGUUGAAGAAACUUCCCUUGACUUGGGCAUUACUGCAAAGUUUUGUCGACAAUUCGUCAGUUAAGAAAGUUAUAGUUGAUUGUGACGUAAUCAUUGUCAACAAUUAUUUAUUUGACGAAAAUUUAAAUGCUGAGGUUGGUCAGCUUCUAUCUGGCUUGAAACCUGGUACCAAGAUUAUUAGUUUGCGAAACUUCAUUAGGCCCAGAUACAAGGCAACAUUAAAUUCAACUAUAUUCGAUUAUUUGAGAGUUGAAAAACAUGAAAUGAGUGACUUUUUGUCAGUUAGUUGGACGGCUAAUAAAGUACCUUAUUUCAUAUCUACAGUUCAGCCAGAAAUCUGUCCUGAAUACUUAUGA